AUGUCGUUCCGCGCCGGCUUACCCCCGGCUGCAAGCCUGCAAGCCCGCCGCACAACUUCCGCCGCCCCCACCGCCCCACACGCCACGGCCAUGGUCAUUGGUCGCCGCUUCACCACCCCUGAAGACCCCUGUUCUCCAUCGAAUCUAGUAAUUACCCCACUAGCCUGCUUCUCGCGGGAUCCGAGCACCAAGCCGUUGCCUAAGCGUUGCGCCUGGUUGUACUGGUGUGUAGAUCCUCAGCAGAUGAUCUGCAACUACAGUACGAUCCUGGCAAUAUGGCGAUCAUCAUCACCAGUCAAGGGAGCGAAGACUGAUCUCUUGUUUGACGGUUUUGUCGAGUGA